GUCGAAUGGAAUGGAUUACGCUUGUUGAUCACUGGGCUAACAACAAGAGCGUCCAAGAGGCCCUCCAUGUGCGAAGGGAAACUAUCGGACAGUGGGUAAGCUGCAGCGAUACCUUGCCAUACACAGAAAAUGCAGGGAGUGUUGUACCAUAUCAUGCAAACCUUAGCACUAAAGGUUAUAGAUCCCUUAUAUACAGUGGUGACGAUGAUCUGUUGGCCCCGCACAUUGAAACUCAAGCGUGGAUAAGAUCUCUACAUUACCCAAUUAUUGACGAUUGGAGACAGUGGAUUCAUGAAGGCCAAGUUGCCGGUUACACAAGGACCUACGCAAAUAAGAUGACAUUUGCAACAGUGAAGGGAGGAGGCCAUGUUGCUUAUGAGUUCAAGCCUGCCGAAUGCAGAAUUAUGCUUGAGAGAUGGAUAUUGCAUCAGCCUCUCUAAUCAGUUGGCAUAUGGAUAUGAGCAUCUUUGAUCACUUCUGAGCAUCAAAUGUUCCACUCUUAAAUAUAAAUUAUUGUAACUUUGGGUCAUGAGACGCUUCUAGUCCAAGUCUCCAAUGGAUUGCCUUCUUAUCGAAUAGUGAA